AGUGCUUUCAGCUGUGAGCUUGGGCGGCGGCGGCGGCGGCGGCGCUCCACUUUCGGGGAGCCCGGCGGCUCUGGGAAGCUCACUCCUCCACUCGUACCCACCCUCGACCGCGGAGCCCUUGCAGCCAUGAGGGAACAGCUCAAAGGCCACGAGACUCAAACAACUUGCUGGGACCAUCCCAAAAUGACAGAGCUCUACCAGUCUUUAGCUGACCUGAAUAAUGUCAGAUUCUCAGCUUAUAGGACUGCCAUGAAACUCCGAAGACUGCAGAAGGCUCUUUGCUUGGAUCUCUUGAGCCUGUCAGCUGCAUGUGAUGCCUUGGACCAGCACAACCUCAAGCAAAAUGACCAGCCCAUGGAUAUCCUGCAGAUUAUUAAUUGUUUGACCACUAUUUAUGACCGUCUGGAGCAAGAGCACAACAAUUUGGUCAACGUCCCUCUCUGCGUGGAUAUGUGUCUGAACUGGCUGCUGAAUGUUUAUGAUACGGGACGAACAGGGAGGAUCCGUGUCCUGUCUUUUAAAACUGGCAUCAUUUCCCUGUGUAAAGCACAUUUGGAAGACAAGUACAGAUACCUUUUCAAGCAAGUGUCAAGUUCAACAGGAUUUUGUGACCAGCGCAGGCUGGGUCUCCUGCUGCAUGAUUCUAUCCAAAUUCCAAGACAAUUGGGUGAAGUUGCAUCCUUUGGGGGCAGUAACAUUGAGCCAAGUGUCCGGAGCUGCUUCCAAUUUGCUAAUAAUAAGCCAGAGAUUGAAGCGGCCCUCUUCCUAGACUGGAUGAGACUGGAACCCCAGUCCAUGGUGUGGCUGCCCGUCCUGCACAGAGUGGCUGCUGCAGAAACUGCCAAGCAUCAGGCCAAAUGUAACAUCUGCAAGGAGUGUCCAAUCAUUGGAUUCAGGUACAGGAGUCUAAAGCACUUUAAUUAUGACAUCUGCCAAAGCUGCUUUUUUUCUGGUCGAGUUGCAAAAGGCCAUAAAAUGCACUAUCCCAUGGUGGAAUAUUGUACUCCGACUACAUCAGGAGAAGAUGUUCGAGACUUUGCCAAGGUACUAAAAAACAAAUUUCGAACCAAAAGGUAUUUUGCGAAGCAUCCCCGAAUGGGCUACCUGCCAGUGCAGACUGUCUUAGAGGGGGACAACAUGGAAACUCCCGUUACUCUGAUCAACUUCUGGCCGGUAGAUUCUGCGCCUGCCUCGUCCCCUCAGCUUUCACAUGAUGAUACUCAUUCACGCAUUGAACAUUAUGCUAGCAGGCUAGCAGAAAUGGAAAACAGCAAUGGAUCUUAUCUAAAUGAUAGCAUCUCUCCUAAUGAGAGCAUAGAUGAUGAACAUUUGUUAAUCCAGCAUUACUGCCAAAGUUUGAACCAGGACUCCCCCCUGAGCCAGCCUCGUAGUCCUGCCCAGAUCUUGAUUUCCUUAGAGAGUGAGGAAAGAGGGGAGCUAGAGAGAAUCCUAGCAGAUCUUGAGGAAGAAAACAGGAAUCUGCAAGCAGAAUAUGACCGUCUAAAGCAGCAGCACGAACAUAAAGGCCUGUCCCCACUGCCGUCCCCUCCUGAAAUGAUGCCCACCUCUCCCCAGAGUCCCCGGGAUGCUGAGCUCAUUGCUGAGGCCAAGCUACUCCGUCAACACAAAGGCCGCCUGGAAGCCAGGAUGCAAAUCCUGGAAGACCACAAUAAACAGCUGGAGUCACAGUUACAUAGGCUAAGGCAGCUGCUGGAGCAACCCCAGGCAGAGGCGAAAGUGAAUGGCACAACGGUGUCCUCUCCUUCUACCUCUCUCCAGAGGUCCGACAGCAGUCAGCCUAUGCUGCUCCGAGUGGUUGGCAGUCAAACUUCGGACUCCAUGGGUGAGGAAGAUGUUCUCAGUCCCCCCCAGGACACAAGCACAGGGUUGGAGGAGGUGAUGGAGCAACUCAACAACUCCUUCCCUAGUUCAAGAGGAAGAAAUACCCCUGGAAAGCCAAUGAGAGAGGACACAAUGUAGGAAGUCUUUUCCACAUGGCAGAUGAUUUGGGCAGAGCGAUGGAGUCCUUAGUAUCAGUCAUGACAGAUGAAGAAGGAGCAGAAUAAAUGUUUUACAACUCCUGAUUCCCGCAUGGUUUUUAUAAUAUUCAUACAACAAAGAGGAUUAGACAGUAAGAGUUUACAAGAAAUAAAUCUAUAUUUUUGUGAAGGGUAGUGGUACUAUACUGUAGAUUUCAGUAGUUUCUAAGUCUGUUAUUGUUUUGUUAACAAUGGCAGGUUUUACACGUCUAUGCAAUUGUACAAAAAAGUUAUAAGAAAACUACAUGUAAAAUCUUGAUAGCUAAAUAACUUGCCAUUUCUUUAUAUGGAACGCAUUUUGGGUUGUUUAAAAAUUUAUAACAGUUAUAAAGAAAGAUUGUAAACUAAAGUGUGCUUUAUAAAAAAAAGUUGUUUAUAAAAACCCCUAAAAACAAACACACACACAUACAUACACAUACACAUACACACAUACAUACACAUACACACACACACACACACACAACUUUGAGGCAGCGCAUUGUUUUGCAUCCUUUGGUGUGAUAUCCAUAUGAAAUUCAUGGCUUUGUCUUUGUUUGCAUAUUAAAGAUAGAUAGGACUUCCUCUAACACCACCAAAUGACUACUUCACACUGCUCAUUUGAGAAUUGUCAACUGAGUGGGGCGGGCUGUGAGUUUUCAUUUUAUAUAUCUAUAUGUCUAUAAGUAUAUAAAUACUAUAGUUAUAUAGAUAGAUAGAUAUGAAUUUCUAUAGACUUUUUCCAUUUUUUAAGUGUUCGUGUCACUUCUUCCUAAUAGAAAGAAAUUACUUCUAGUCAUCCAGGCUUACCUGCUUGGUCUAGAAUGGAUUUUUCCCUGGAGCCGGAAGCCAGGAGGAAACUACCAGACUAAAACAUUGUCUACACCUCCAGAUGUUCCUCAUUUUAAACUUUCCACUGACAACUAGAGUAUUGAAUUUUUUUAAAGGGAACAUAUGAAUGAAUACACAGGACUUAUUAUAUCAGAGUAAUCGGUUGGUUGAUUGAUUGAUUGAUUGAUUGAUUGAUAUAUUCGGCUUCCUGCUGCUGGCAAUGCCACGAUUUAGAUUUAAUGAUGCUUCAGUGGAAAUCAGAAGGUAUUCUGACCAUCCAAAGGUAUUUUUCACUCCCAAGCAGUAGCAGGAUGAUGACAGGGCUGGAGGGCUAUGGAUUCCCAGCCCAUCCCUGUGAAGGCAUAGGCCACUCUUUCUUUAACUGAAGGACUGGAUGACUGUUCAUAAUACAUAAAGUUCUCUGUAAUUAAUUAAUUACAACUAAAUUAUUAUGCCCUCUUCUCACAGUCAAAAGGAAGUGGGUGGUUUUGUUUUUGUUGCUGUUUUUUUAGCUCUAUUUUCCCAUGCCGGAUGAGUUUUUAAAUGCCACAAGACAAUUUAAAAUAAACUUUGGGAAAAGGUGUAAGACAGCAGCCCCAUUACAUUUGUGAUACUGACAAGUAUCAACCCAGAAGCCCAUGAACUGUGUUUCCCUCCUUUGCAUUUCUCUGCGAGUAAUUCCACACGGGUUUGUAAGUAAGAGGCAAACUGAUUCAAAUGUUACGAAAGUAAAAGCUACUCCAAACCCUUCUUGGGGGGUUAGACAGACAGGUUAAAUAUAUAAACAAACAAACAAACAAACACUGCUCAAAAAUUGGAGAAAAGCUCAAGAGGAAAAGCUAAGGACUGGUAGGAAAAAGCUUUACUCUUUCAUGCCAUUUUAUUCCUCUUUGAUUUUUAAAUCAUUCAUUCAAUAGACAUCACCGUGUGACCUAUAAUUUUGCAAAUCUGUUACCUCUGACAUCAAGUGUAAUUAGCUUUUGGAGAGUGGGUU